AUGCCCGCAGCACUCCUCGUCAUCUCUGCUGCCUCGGUGGGCUCACCACCUCGUCGGGUCAGCUCGUCGGGUCACCUGCUCGUGGUUCAAUGCGGCGGCACCAACGAUCGCUUCGGACGUCUUGAUAUCGACGUUCUGCCGCGCCUGCAGGCCACGAUAGACCUCGCCGCGGCCGCGACCACAACUCGGCAUCGCGUGAGCGUGCUGACCAGCGGAGGUCUCAAUGAGACGUUGCACCUCGGCAUUGCGCGCGGGCCGGGGACGGAGCGGACGCGGCCGCACUGGAGACUGGUCGCCGAUGCGCUGCUCGAGAGCGGGCUGCCCUCCGCGGCGCUGGUCGACGAGGGCAUCCCCGCGCUCACCACGGUGGACGAGGCGCUGAUGACGCGCGACUACGUGGCGGCAGAGGAGGGUCGCUUCACUGAGGUGGCAGUGGUGACGAGCGCGUACCAUGCGGCACGCGUCGAGCACCUCUUCGGUCGCGCCCUCGCGCCGUGCGCCGGCGUGCGCAUACAGCUGCGGGUCGUCGCGCACAUCUCCGCUGUCGCGCGCCGCGUGCUCGCGCAGCCGGUCUGCGCGUCGGCGGCCGAGCGCAACUGGUCCGUCUACGGGGCAAUCAAGACGACGGCGCGCGGGCAAAUGGGCCACGCCGCGCUCCACCUCAAGGGCAAGCUUCAGACCGCCGGCUACAAGCAGGCAGUCGAGAGAAGACACAAAUCCGCGCCGAUGGGCGUCAUGGAGGAGCGCUUCCUGGACAGGCUGCAGCAGAGCAGGACGCGCUGCGCCAUUGGUGCGGUGACCUUCGUCGCGACCCUCGUGGGCGGGAUCUGCUACUUUCCCUUCACCAGCGCGCUCAUUCUCAGUGUGGAGCCGACGCCGACCUCGCCGUCCGGGGUCGCGCACCGCAUCUAUGCGCAGUACUUUCCGCCGGAGCCGGUGCAGCUCCUUGUCCUCGUCAAGUCUCGUGACGGGUCGCCGCUGAUUCCGCACGUCAAUUCCACGCUCGAGCCAGAGCAGCCGCGCGCGCUCGAGCGGUGGGUCGCCGCGCCGCCGCCGACGCCACUCACCGCAGAGGCGGCGCAGGUGUCGCACGAGCUCAGCGGGGUGGCGGCGCGCGAGCUGGACGUGCACUGCCGGUACACCUUUCUCUCCUACUUCGACAUCGGGCUCAAGAAGUCGCACGAGGGGCGGCACGACCGGCCGAUCCACGACGUGCUCGACGGCAUCAUCUCGCGCGUCGCGCGGCCGAUGCUCUUUGACUCGGACGCCUCGCGCACGCUGAUGCUGGUGCAGAUCGAGGCGUGCCACGGCGAGGACAUGACUGCGGAGAUCGUCGGCAAGAACGAGGCGUCCGCGCCGGUGGUCAGCGCAAUGGAGGCGCUAAAGGACUACGCCGACGCCUACCCCGCCUCGUCUGGGCUCGCCGUCGAGCGCGUCUCCUUCCCGGGGGUGAUGGCGACGGUGCAGGAGGGGGUGGAGACGGCGAUGCUGCUGUCGACGCUGACCGCGAUCCCCGCCUUUGUGCUGCUCGGCGUCUUCUUCAAGAACCUGCGGCUGCUCAUCAUCACCCUCAUCAACAUCGCCUUCUGCGUCGCCACCUCCGUCCUCAUCAUGUACCCCGUCUCGCUCUCGAUGAAGGCGGCGGCCGAGCCGGGCCGCGAGGUGUCGGCCGAGGCGCCCGCGAUGAUGGUGGCGACCGGGCUGGCGAUGUCGAUCGACUACUCGCUCUUCAUCCUCACCCGCUUCGGCGAGGAGAAGCGCGCCGGUGCCUCCGUCAAGCAGGCGCUGCUCGUCACGCUGCAGACGUCGGGGCACACAGUCUUCAUCUCGGGCUCGACGCUCUGCCUCUGCUUCCUCGGCAUGCUCCUCAUCCCCGUCUCGACCAUCUCGACGAUGGGCCUCGCCGCCGCCUUCACCGUCCUGUUCGCCAUCGUCGGCGGCCUCACAAUCACGCCCGCCCUCCUCCUCUCCUUCCCCGACUUCUUCACGGCCGACCGCCGCCUCGGCCUCUCCGCCGACGGCAUCGCCCUCUUCGCCGCCGCGCCGAAGCGGCUCGCCGCCCCUAGAAGCGGAGCACACACUGUGGGAGGAGAAGCGGAGCACACUCUCCUCUCCUCCCACCCAGCACCCGAGAAGGCAUGGCUCUGCCGACUCCCUCUGCCUCCCAGCACUCGUACUCACCUCGCUGCACCUUACCGCAGGCUCGCCGGCGACGGAAGCGAACCAAUGCUCGGCCAAGGCCAGGAGCGCGCCUCGGGCCUCCCCUGGUCGCCCGCCGCCGCGCCCACCGCGGCGCCCGCCGCCGACGCGCCGGCGGUGCAGCCGCUCGAGGCGGCGACGGCGGCGACGGCGGCGGGCUCCGCAGGCUCCCACUCGGACGCGGGGUCGGCGGCGGCGAGGCCGUGGUCUCUGUGGGCGUCGGUCGGCCGCCUCUCGCAGCGAGGCUGGCUGGUGGUGGUGCCGCUGCUGGUGGGCGUGGCGGUGCCAUUCGUGAUCCCGCUGCUCGACUUCGAGUACAUCGAGGGCCUGCAGACGCUGCUGCCGCGCGGCGACCCGCUCACCGAGACUUUCCUCGAGGUGCAGGACCACUUUGGCGUCUCCCAGAUCUUCCCAAACACCAUCGUAGUGCUCCCGCCCAACCCGGGCGACGUGACCAGCCGCGGCUGGCUCAACGCGUCGUGCCACGCGAUGAAGUUCAUGGCGUCCAACGUGACCGAGGUGAUGCGCGCGCACGGGCGCGAGGCGGGCGACGCGUCGCUGCAAAACUUCGCGAUGAAGGCGUCCGACUUCUCGGGGCUGAUGAUCCAGGGCGGGAUCUGCACCUCCCUCCUCAUCUCGCUGCUCGAGAACCCGCUCGCCAAGAAGUACGGCGACUUCCUCGUCAACGGCUUCUCAAACGAGGACCGCACCGCGACCAAGGCGCGCGGUCACGAGCAGCCUCGCGUGGUGCGCGUCAAGACGACCCUCGACCCUUUUUCGACGGUCGGGCAGAAGUGGAUCGCCGCCGUGCGCGACGCGAUGGCGGCGAGCGAGGUGUGGGUCUCGGACCCGUCCUUCCCCGGCGACACGACCGUCCUCGGAGAGAUGUACCUCACCGGCAUGGCGCAGGAGCAGAUGGACGGCGCCGCCGACACCUUCGCCUCGCUGCCGCGCGUCAUCGGCGCGACGCUGCUCAUCGUGAUGGCGGUGCUCGGCUCCGCCUUCCGCUCCGCGGUCGUGCCGCUCCGCGCCGUCCUCUGCCUCAGCUGGAUGCUCCUCGUCACGUUCGGGCUCGGCGUGCUCGUCUACCAGCACGGCGUGCUGCAGAGCCUCGGCAUCCGCCCCUUCCUCACCUCGCCCGACCCGCCCGCGCACCACGCGAUGUACUGGAUGACGCCGUGCAUCGCCUUCUCCAUCCUCGUCGGGCUCGGCCUCGACUACGACGUCUUCUUCAUGGAGUCGGUGGUCGAGCACUUCGACGCGGGCUACUCGUCGCGCGAGGCGGUCGUCGAGGCGCUGCGCCACACGGGCACGAUCAUCUGCGUCGCCGGCGUCAUCAUGUUCCUCGCGUUCGGGUCGCUCCUCAUCGGCGCCUCGCCCAUGAUCAACCAGCUCGCCUUCCACCUCUGCGUCGGCGUGCUCAUCGACUGCUUCGUCACGACCAAGGUCAUCAUCCCCUGCGCGAUGGCCAUGCUCGACCUCCUGCCCGGCAACGCGAACUUUUGGCCGCGUAAGCCGCCCCCCGCCCUGACCGAGCCGACCGUCGAGCCGCUGCCGCCCCUCCGCCGCCUCGGCUCGCUCCGCAACUCGCUGAGCGACAACGCGCGCCGGUCAGCGAUGAGCCCGCACGGCGUGCGCUCGAUGCAGAGCCCCGCCUAGCGGCCAGCGCCUAGAGCCCCGCGGCUGACGCGGGCGGCGCGGGCCUGCGCGCGCUGCUCGACGAGGUGGUCGUGUGUACAUCCGGCUUGGCGCGCGCCGUGAGCGCCGCGCUCGCGUGCGCCUUUUGUACUGUGUAGGGGGAGUCUCACGAUGUCGACUGCACAACGAGAGAGAGCCCGGAUCAGCUGUGUAUGGCUGUGUAUGAGAGAGAGACGAUGCGGUCUCGUAUCUGUCUGAUCCGCUGAGAUAGACGUGAGAGAAACAAAAACGUAAACGAAGGGUAUAAUCGUAUAAAACGAAGGCGCGCGCGCGCCGAGA